GGGCGGGGGUCCUAAAAAAAUCAUAAAAACACACAGCGUAACAUAAAGGAAGACAAAAAUGAGGCUGGUUUUAAACACGGGGCUCAGGCAGUUGUAGGGUGAGGUGUGAGGAGAGAGGAGGAUAUUAGAGAGGAGGAGGGGGAGCAGUGUGAGCUGUGCAGUUAACUACAGAUAGAGAGAGAGAUAGGAGAGAGAGAGAGAGAGAGAGCAGCCCGCCGGCCCAUUGAGGAAAGAUGGCUACAGUCACUGCAAACGGAGUGCAGCAGGAGAAUGGAUUCAGCACCACGAACAGCGCCGGCAGGAUGAACGGGCUCACCAUCGGCCAGAACACCAUUCCAAUGAAGGACCACGACGCCAUCAAGCUUUUCAUCGGCCAGAUUCCCAGAAACCUGGAGGAGAAGGACCUGAAGCCUCUGUUUGAGGAAUUCGGAAAGAUAUACGAACUCACUGUACUGAAAGACAGGUUUACGGGAAUGCAUAAAGGAUGUGCCUUUCUAACAUACUGUGCCAGAGAGUCAGCACUGAAGGCCCAGAGCGCCCUCCAUGAACAGAAGACUCUGCCAGGGAUGAAUCGGCCCAUCCAGGUGAAGCCAGCCGACAGCGAAGGACGAGGAGAGGACAGGAAGCUGUUCGUGGGAAUGCUGGGAAAGCAGCAGAGCGAGGAUGACGUCCGGCGGCUCUUCGAGACCUUCGGCCAGAUCGAGGAGUGCACCGUCCUGCGAGGGCCUGAUGGGGCCAGUAAGGGCUGUGCCUUCGUGAAGUUCUCAAGCCACGCAGAAGCGCAGGCUGCCAUCAACAGCUUACAUGGUGGACAGACUAUGCCUGGUGCCUCGUCCAGUCUGGUGGUUAAGUUUGCAGACACAGAUAAAGAGAGGACCCUGCGUAGGAUGCACCAAAUGGCUGGCCAGCUCGGCAUCUUCAGUCCAAUGACCAUCCAGUUUGGGGCCUAUGGCGCCUACUCUCAUGCUGUAAGUCUCAGCCCGGCGGGGGAGGAGACGCAGAUGAUGCAACAGCAAGCAGCCCUGAUGGCAGCGACACAAGGGUCCUACCUGAACCCCAUGGCAGCCAUUGCUGCCGCACAAAUGCAGCAAAUGGCAGCUUUCAAUGUCAACGGCCUGGUGGCUACACCCAUGACACCUUCCUCAGGCACCAGCACACCCCCAGGCAUCUCUGCUGCAGCCGUGCCUAGCAUAGCCACCCAAAUCGGGGUCAAUGGAUUCAGUGCCCUCCCUCCGCAAAGCAAUGGUCAGCCCACCUCUGAGCCCAUCUACACCAAUGGUAUUCACCCAUACCCAGCACAGAGUCCGACAGUGACCGACCCUCUCCAGCAGGCUUACGCCGGUGUCCAGCACUACGCAGCAGCCUACCCUGCCGCCUAUGCGCCAAUCAGCCAAGCGUUCCCCCAGCAACCAACCAUCAUUCCCCAGCAACAGAGGGAAGGGCCAGAAGGUUGCAACCUGUUUAUUUAUCACCUGCCCCAGGAGUUCGGAGAUGCAGAGCUCAUGCAAAUGUUCCUACCUUUUGGCAAUGUCAUCUCCGCCAAAGUGUUUGUGGAUCGAGCGACCAAUCAGAGCAAAUGUUUUGGUUUCGUGAGUUUUGAUAAUCCAUCCAGUGCUCAAGCGGCGAUCCAGGCCAUGAAUGGGUUUCAGAUAGGCAUGAAGAGGCUGAAGGUGCAGCUAAAGCGGCCAAAAGAUGCCAACCGACCUUACUGACUGACCUGCUGUCCGUAUCCAGGAUGAAGGGCCCCAGAACCUUAUUUCCACAAGUGCAGUAAAAGUACAAAGACUUCUUGCUCUGCUACAUAUCAUGAAGGAAAGGUGGUCCCUUGAUCCUGCUCGAGACCCACUGAAAGAUGGGGUGACUAACAGAAGGAUGCCAGAGAUGAUUUUGGUUUUCCUCUUUUUUUUUUUUCGAAAGAUUUUUUUUUUUGUUUUCUUUUUUCGCAAAUGCCUCUGUUUUUCCCUGUUUUGCUUUGGCGUCUGUGGAAGAAGAUUUUUGCAGAGACCAACUUUUUUGCUGCUGUUUUUUAGACAUGAUGGGGAAAAAAAACCUUUAUAGACUCAUUAUGCUCAAAGCAUGCAUACUGACACAGGAUAUAGAUAUACACACAUCAAUGCAGAUAACGAACCAAACAUACACUCUUAAAAAUGCUACACCCAAAAAUAGGAAAAAGACAAAAAAAAAAAAAAAAAAAAAAACUUCUUUGUACAUGUAUAAAUACGUGCAAAUGCCAACUCAAGAACUGAAGCAAACACAUGCGUACACUAAAAGACACACACACACACACACAUAUACACACACACACACACCAGCCUGCUGCCAUUUUGGUUUUUGUGCCUACACAGGUGUUGUGCUCUGUGACAGGGCAAGCUCUGGAUUGAAGAAGAAAACAAGACGGAGGAGAGAAGAGGAGAAUCCAGGAUAAUUUACAUGCAUCAUUCCUUAGGAAAUAGGGACCAAAGGACUAAAUGCUUUUUAAAAGAAUAUAAAUAUAUAAAUAUAUAAAUAUAUAUUUAAAAAGACAUACCUUGUAGCUGCAAGUAUUACAAUUUACUCGUAGUAAAAAAAAGAAGCAAACAUUAAAUCAAUAUCCAGUGGCCUACUGUAAGUGCGAAUAAAAGAAAAUGGAAAUAAUGUAUUAAAAAGACAUGGAAUCGUAGAGUAGGGGCUGAGCUCUGGAUGCUGAUUUAGCACCAGGUUGUAGAAUAGUAGUAGACUAGAGAAAAAAAAAAUGUAAAUUUGCAACUUUUUGCUGUUGUUUAAAAAAAAAAAACUUGAAGUUGUAACAAAAAGGGGAGGAACAGGGGUGUAAAAAAAAAGAAAAAAAAGAAGGAAAUAUUCAUCUGCCCCUGUAAGCCACAAAUCUCUUUCUCUUGGAUGUUGAGGUCUUAGCCACUGGAUAUCUCCAUCACGAUGUACAAGUUACUGCACUCUCUGACAGUUACAAACAGACUGUUCUGGAUGAGGAAAAAAGAUUGACAAGCGAGGAAAAAGAGUGAACUUUCCUUUGUGUUCAAGCGACAAUCCACUGUAAAGACCAAGCAAAAUGGACGUGGGGUAUAUUUUGUUGUUUUUCUUUUGUUUGUUGUUGUUUUUUUCUUUUGUCCCCUCAAACUUUGUACUGCAACAUGAAGUGUGAAUUAUAAUGCCACAGAUUGUGAGAUGGACAGAUGGACAAAAGGCUAGUUAUGAAAGAAGGGGAAGAAGAAAAAAAGGAUGAUGAAGUAAUGUGACAGCUAUUGAAACUGCCAGCAGAAUGAACCGGGGACGCAACGAACUGGUUUUCACGUCUGUGGUUUUUCCCUCGAACAGUUUACGUGUGCUGUAAAAAACCUUGACUUCUGCAAGUGACAAGCCAAGAAAACUCCAUGUUAAGAAA